AUGGAGAUGGGAAUGGAGGUCGGGAAAUUGCCAGGGCCCGAACCCGACACAAAUGUGCGACCCGGAGCCCGUUCCCGGCCGUUCGAAAUCGAUCUCAACGAGGCGCCCUUGCCCUCGCCUCGCGAAACCCUUGCGGCGUGCGGUUCGUGCGGAGCGGCCGGCGAGGUGGAGGGGGAGAUGCUGUUUUGCCACGGCUGCGGACGAGGGUUUCACAUGAAGUGUUUGGGGACCAAGGAAGGGCAGAAGCCGGCCGAAUGGAAGUGUUUUAAGUGUUUAUUUAUCAAGAGGCCGCGGAGGGGGGUGGAGCUUAUUGACAUGAAUGCGUCGCCGCCCCAAGAGGCGGAGGGAGAGGGUUUUAUCCGGGAGGCGCAGAACUCCGGUAAAGGAGUUCAGGCGAGCAAUGCUGCGGAGCAGAAUGGUGACAAAAUGCACAUUGUGCGUGAUAUUUCCUUCAUUAGUCACUCCCUCAGUGCCCCUGUGACAACUUCAAAUUUUUGGUAUUUGGAGGAUGGGUUUAACAUCCUAAAGGCAUCUCAUGAUGUGCCUCAAGUUCCUAAACUUGGCUUUGGAGACAUGGUGCAAUGCAGACUGGAUAGAACUUCAAAGGUUGCAGACUUCAGUACCACAUGUAAGGAAGGGCUUUGGCCCAGUUAUUGCACACCUCUGAAUUAUCUUCCACAGAGUCAAAGUGAGGUGUAUCUUCAAGCUCUUAGAGAAUACGUACAUGAAAAACAUGGCCUACUAGGUGAUGGCUGGCAUGUAGAAUUUUUCUACUGCAAGAAGGGAUGUAAAACCAUUGCAGUUUAUUGUGCUCCAGAUGGAAGUAGGUUUGAAUCUAUGCCUGAUGUUGCUAGGCAUCUUGGCUUGCCGACAAGCAAUCAUUCUUUAGAAAUUGAGGACAGAAGUGAGAGGUUUUCUUCACCACAGAAAGGAUUAAACUCAAACCGAAGACGGAAGGACUUGUCAAGGCUUUCAAGAGCUAAUAACCAUAAGGAAGGUCAGAAUGCUCGAAGGAGCAGUUCUGAGCAGCAGGCUGGCAAAUUUGUGAGCAGCAGAAGUGUUGCAGCAGCAAUAGAACAUGAGCAUGGUUUUGAGGGUGUAUUUCCCCUGCAAUUUGAAGAUCUUUUUGUUCUUUCUUUGGGCAAGGUUGAUCCACGGUCCUCUUACCAUAAUGCCCAUCAGAUCUGGCCUAUAGGUUACAGGUCUUGCUGGCAUGAUAAGAUUACUGGGUCUAUCUUCGUUUCUGAGGUUGUAGAUGGUGGUGAUACUGGUCCUAACUUUAAAGUUCAAAGAUACCCAUGCUCCACACACCACAUUCCAAUUGGUUCAACAGUCCUCUUGAGGCAAAAAUCUGACUCAUAUGAUGGACAAGAUAAAAUGACAAGUGAUGAUUCAACUACUUCUGAAAUGUUUGAUGAUGAGAGUCCAAAUAUUCAAAUGAUGCUAAGGGAAGAUAGCCCACCGCAUCUGGAAGAUGUUGAUUUACAAAAAGCAAAUAGUUCCCCAACAGAACCCAGUUACCGCCUACAAAGAUAUGUAGACAUCAUACCUGGUGAUUCAGGGCUGGAUGAUGAUUGCAUUGGUGAAUUUUCAGUCGAAGGGAGAUCAUCAUCAUUGGCAUGGGACAUGGCUGCUGAGUCUCUAAUUCGUGCUUGCCAUGAGUCGUACAAGAAAACAGGCAUUCUUCAGUUUUUCUGUAAACAUGAUAUGAAUGGAGUGAAUUGUAAAGCAGCUGAUAGCAUUGAUUCAUUAUCCAAGUUCUGUUGUCUUUAUGGCCCCCCUGAUAUCCCACAUUUGAUUCAGAGCCCCAUUGAGUUUGCCACGUGUAGUGGAAUGCUGAUGGAAUGGUUACGGCAGGACAGAUUUGGACUAGAUGUCGAAUUCGUACAGGAAAUCUUGGAGCAGCUUCCUGGGGUUCAUUCUUGUUCAAACUAUAAAGUUCUGAAUGAAAGAAUUCAGAAUUCAGGUUCACAAACAGUUAAAAGUGGAUUUCUUUUGGCUAAAAGGAAGAGUAAUAUGCAUGGUAGGAAAGGAACUGAUGGUUCUUUAUUAAGUUAUAAGAGGCCUCAAAAACAGUUAGAUGAAGACUCUGACAUGAGGAAAUCCUUUCCUUUAGGCAAGCCACUAAGUGCCAAGAUUCCUGCAUAUUUGAUAGGUGAUGUUCUUCAGGUUUGGGAGUUUCUAUGGCGUUUCUCUGAGGUUUUAGGCCUGGAGGAACCUUUUUCAUUCCAACAACUUGAAAAUGAACUGAUGAAUCCUUGGUUGAAUCCCAUAAAUCCACUAGAAGGCUCUCAAAGGGUAGGCAAAAACUGUGAAGAUGCCAUGUUAUGCACUGGUGCAGUAUUAAGAAAGGCUCAUGGCCUGCUGCUGAAAGUGUUAAUAGGUGAACUCCUCUUGAAAGUUGGGGGAUAUGUGGACCCUAAUUCUGAUGCUGGAGAAUGUAAGUCCAGACGGGGUAGGAAAAGAGAUGCGGACAACUCAUCUACUUUAAAGAAAAUGAAGUUUGAUAUGCUCCAGAUGAAUGGUCUUACUUGGCCUGAAUUGGCUCGAAGAUAUAUCCUAGUUGUCUUGUCCAUGGAGGGUAAGCCUGAAUCUGUAGAGAUUACCUACCGGGAGAGCAGUAAAAUCAUACAUUGUUUGCAAGGUGAUGGUGGAACACUUUGCGGUUCUCUGACAGGAGCUGCUGGAAUGGAGGCUGAUGCACUGCUUCUUGCAGAGGCUUUAAAGCAAGUAUUUGGUGCAGUGAAGAAAAGUGAUUUUGUUAGCAUAGAGCAACAGGACUCAGAUGCAAUGAGCAGUCCCCAAAUGAUUAAGGUAAAUGGCAGUGAAGUACCAGAGUGGGCACAGGCACUUGAACCAGUAAAAAAGCUCCCCACCAAUGUUGGAGCCAGAAUUAGGAAGUGUGUGCAUAAUGCUUUGGAUAAAAAUCCUCCAGAAUGGGCAAAGACAAUAUUGGAACAUUCAAUUAGCAAGGAAGUUUACAAGGGGAAUGCAUCAGGGCCCACAAAGAGAGCAAUUGUCUCAUUGCUGGCGGACAUGAGCCACAAGAAUUUGCAGCCCAAACCUGAGAAGAAAGAGAAAAAAAAGAAAGUCAACUCCAUAUCUGAUUUGAUAAUGAAACAGUGCCGCAUUGUGCUGCGGUGUGCUGCAGCUGAAGAUGAAGAUAAAAUAUUUUGCAACCUGUUAGGAAGGACCCUUCUGAGUCCCGUUGAUAACGAUGAUGAAGGACUUAUUGGAUAUCCUGCCAUGGUAUCUCGUCCUAUAGACUUCAGGACUAUCGAUGUCAGAUUGGCUUCUGGGGCCUAUGGUGGAUCCCAUGAAGCUUUCCUUGAGGAUGUUCAGGAGGUGUGGAAAAAUAUACGCACGAUAUAUGCAGAUAAAUAUGAUUUGGCAGAAGCUCUAUACCAAAAGUUUGAAGAUCUCUAUGAAAAAGAGGUCCUCACACUAGUCCAGAAGCUUGCAAAAAGUGCCAAAUCUUUGUCCACAAGUGAUGAAGCAAAAAGGGAGGUGAAUGAUAUGCUUGUACAUGCAAACGAGAGCUCACUUCCCAAAGCUCCCUGGGAUGAUGGCAUCUGCAAAGUAUGUGGAGUAGACAAAGAUGAUGACAAUGUUUUGUUGUGUGAUACUUGUGAUUCAGAGUACCAUACAUACUGCUUGAGUCCCCCACUUGCUAAAAUCCCGGAAGGAAAUUGGUAUUGUCCAUCAUGUGUUGUUGGCCAGUUCAGGUCUCAAGGCACAUCUCAUGGUACUACUAGGGUAAAUUGGUGCCAGAAAAAGAAAUAUCGGGGAGAAUUCACACAAAAUUCUAUGGAGAAGCUGUCUUGGUUAGCCAGAACCAUGGGUUCAAAAGAGUACUGGGAAUUCAAUGUAGAGGAGAGAAUAUUUCUUAUGAAAUUUUUGUGUGAUGAGACACUGAAUUCAAGCAUUAUUCGUGAACACCUAGACCAUUGCGCCUAUAUGUCUUCUGACUUGCAACAGAAAUUACGAGCCCCAUCUUCAGAAUGGAAAAUCCUAAAACUCAGGGAAGAGAUUCUGAUUGCAAAUUUGGAAAAGAGUAAUGCAAGGCUCAACAGAAUUGGGGAGUUUAUUCCGGAUGGGUUGGCUAGCAUGCUUAACACAGAUGGUAAAUUAAUGGGGCAGGCUGAAAACAGAAGUAACUACAUUCCAUGCUGCUCUGGUAAUGUCCUCCAGCUAGAGCAGUGGAAUGAGCCAAGUGAUAGCCAAGAACGGUCGGAGAAACCUCUUGCCAUCAAUAGAAAUCAAAGUUUUGAGGGUUCUGAUGCACUUGGUCAAGUUAAAUAUCAGCACCCUGUUAAGGGUCAGUAUCUGAUACAUGAGAAUCACAUCCCUCGUACUUAUACUGGUGCACAAGCAGGACACUGGCAGGAUGAGCUGCCCUUGUCUAUUUCCCAGCAAGAAAAGCAUGAUGCUAGGGGAGAAAAUGACUGGAGUUCUGUUAGUUCACAGCAAGGAUUGGAGGACAGCAGUGGUAAUGGUUUGUUGCUUACCACUAGCCAGGUUACACAAGGUGCGUCAGCGAAUUCCACUACAACCCCUGCAGUUGAACAUGUACCCGGUCCGCAUAAGAACUUGAAACAUGUGGAUAAUGGCCAUCAGUCCUCAUCUCAAUCUGAUAACAGUGUAUUACAAGCCCACUACCUUGAGUUGAGUUCUCUGAAGCAUGAGAUUUCUGUUCUGCAGGAGUCAAUUGCUCAUCUAGAAUCUGAAUUCCAGAAGGUGUCUCUUCGCAAAGAAUAUUUAGGAAGAGAUUCUGCUGGUCGAGCUUACUGGGGUUUUAGUAGGCAGGAAGGUUGUCUGUUGAUGGUUGAUGGGAGUGCGGAAGUACAACAGAGUGAAGUAACAAAGUUUACAGGUCCAACUGAGAACAAUCCAUCUCUGAUGAGACACCAAUUUGGAGUGGAAAAUCCCUCAAGUUCUAAACUAAGCAUUUCCAAUAUUGGAGAGUGCAAACCGAACAUUGGCAUUGGGACAUCUGCAUGGAUGUCUUACCAAUUGGACACUGAAAUUGGAGAACUCGUAGGAUGGCUGAGAGAUGGUGAUGCAAGAGAGAGAGAUCUGAAAGAGUCCAUUUUGCAAUGGCAAAGAAAUAAAUGGAAAGAUCCGAAUAAUGCUGAAAAUCAUAUUCAGAAUGAGAAAGAACCAACUCGUUUGAAGCUCUCUGGUGAUGAAAAAGCCACUGGGUGCCAUUUUAUUAUGACCAGAGCUCUGACUGCUUUGGAGAAGAAGUAUGGGCCUUGUGUGGGAUCAGAGACCUUUGACAUCCCAAAGCAGCUAGAUCAUGAAGUUAAGGUAACUUGUGAAAGGAUGUUGCAUCGAUGCAAGUGUCUUGAACCUAUCUGGCCUUCUAGACACCAUUGUCUAGCGUGCCACCAGACAUGUUCCACUAGUGAGGAAUUAGAGCAACACAACAAUGGCAUCAGCUGCGCAGGUUCUCUUAUCCCUGGGAAUAAUAGAAUAAAUGAAGAUUCUAGGAAGAGAAAGGAAAUGGUUGCUGAAACUCCAGCUAAGCAUCCUGAUGACAAUGAUAGGACAUCAAGAAGUGAAAAGAAUGAAACUUCCUCUAAUUUGGACACAUUUCGGGAGCCAGAAUGUCCAUAUGACUUCGAGGAGAUAAGCACAAAGUUUGUGACCCAUAAUUGUCUCAAGGAAUUGGUAAGGGAUGUAGGGUUUAUGGGAACUAGUGUUGAUGCAUCAUUUCUAACAGCUGUAUCUCCCUAUCUCACUGAUCCUGCCCUGGGGUUGGUAUCUACAACUACAAGGACAAACGGGGUUAUUUGUGGAAAUGAAUCAACUGCUUUAGAGAAUCAGCUCCAACAAUCAACAAGAGGAACCAAUACAGGGGUUAUGAACUUUGGUAGCAAUUUGAACAAUUUUUCUCCACGUGUUGGAAACAGCAGAAACGAGGUGGCAUCACAAGUUGAGAGAUUGAUCUCCAAUUCUACACACAGAAGAGAUGUACUCUCAUCUGUUAGCAAUACAAGCCAAGCACACGGAGUGAAUAACUGCUGCUUUAUUCCUGAAUCCUCAUUGAAACGAUUAGUAGGCAAGUUUUAUCAAAUUCUACGACAUCUUAAAAUCAACCUCCUUGACAUGGAUGCAGCCCUUCCUGAGGAAGCUCUUAGACCUUCUAUGGCCCAAUCAGAAAAAAGAUAUGCUUGGCGUGCAUUUGUAAAAUCUGCAGGGUCCAUCUAUGAGAUGGUCCAGGCGAUAAUCGUAUUUGAGAACAUGAUAAAAGCGGACUACCUGCGAAAGGAUUGGUGGUACUGGUCAUCCCUUUCAGCUGCAGCCAAUGUUUCCACCCUCUCUGCCCUUGCUCUUCGCUUGUAUGCCCUGGAUGCUGCCAUCAUAUUUGAGAAGCUUUCGCCCACUACAGAUUCAACAGAAAAUCUGAAGCCCGGGUCUCCCAACUUGGAUACUGGAAACGACAAAAAGGCAAGCAGCCCACUAAUCCAAAAGACCGAUAACAAUCCAACUGACAGUCCGAAACCAAAAGGCAGACCUCAUAAGAGAAGGAAAGACACCGGGGGUUGAACAUAGAACAGCCAUCUUUAUCAUGGGUACAGAAUUUUACACCCAGUUGAAUCCAUGACACCAUGACAUAUGAAGCAGAAGCAGGUCCUUUCUAAAGCCUGGUUUCUCUGAAACCCUAAAGGUUCGGGUUCUGAUCAAUGGUUUGGCCCUGGAGUAGGAAGAAGUGCCUGACUGCUUCCGUGGCCGGCCCCUCAUCUGUAUAUAUUUUGAAGAUACACUAACAGACAUGUCCGAUGGCAAUUCAGACGAGACUGAUACCGGAGCAGAUCCUCCCGAAAUGGGAGAACUUGCUGCCAUCUUGUAAGGAGCAAGGUAUACAUCUGCAUAGAAAUGAAUCAAAAUCUGUUGUACAAAGUAAAAGGUAAACCUGAGCAGGUGUAGUUUUAGUAAUAUAUAUAUUGUUCAUUGAUAAAUCUCUCUGAUUUGCAAUAGUGUAUAUUAGUAGCAUGCAGAACCAAGCUAACUUAGCAGCUUUGCCUUUACCUGAACGUAAUCGUAAUAUCAGCUCUUAGUCUGGAA